AUGGCCAGAGGGAGAGUAUACGUUCCUUCCUUGGACAGCCCGUCCAAGCAGCUCAUUCACGACCUGGCACGCGAUCUGGAGAAUGUGAAGCUCUUCAACGCAGAGCUGAAGAAAGUCCAUGCAUAUGAGCGCAAGGCAUUCUAUGACAAUCUUGAUCGGAUCGACCGAGAGCGCGAAGCCCUUCACACAGCUGCCCUCGACGAAGCAGCAGCCUUCCAUGACCGAGUGCGCGAGGAGGCCGAGGCUACGCUGAGAGAACACAAUCGUGCCGAAGAGGAGGAACGUGCUCGGAAAGAGGAGGCAACUCGCAAGGAAAGAGAGCGCAUUGAGCGUGAGAAGCGUGAGCGAGCAGAGAAACUCCGACGUGAGCAAGAAGAAGCUGCCCGCAUCGAGGCCGAGCGCGAGGCUGAGCGCAAGGCUAAGGAGGAGGCUGCAAAGAAGGCCGCAGAAGAAGCCGAGCAGGCACGAAAGGCUGCCCAGGAAGAGAGAGAACGCCAGGAGCGCCAAGAGCGUGAACGGGUGGAGGCAGCUCAACGCAAAAAAGAAGAGGAUGCCAGAAAGGCUCAGCAGGCGGCUGAGCAAAAAGCGCAAACUCAGCAACAGCAGAAGAUCGGCGCUGGCAGUCUUUCGCCGGAGGAAGUGCGCAUUCAUGAUCGUUAUGUCGAGCUUCAUAAGACUCUCAAGCAGAUGCGAGAGUGGCUGCGCGGCGUUGGUAAGGACAACCCGCCUGUCAAGCAAGCAAUGGGUGACAUGCGCCGCUCCAUCAAAAAGUGUGUUGGUCAGCUACGAGAUGGCAAGGGCGUCAACAAGGCUCAGGAGAUAUCCCAGGAAGAACACAAAGUGCCGGCCAUGUUAAUCUACGGUCUCAACAUCUUCUCCAAGGCUUUGAUCUCGGCCCUGAUCACCGAAGCAUCCAUCAACCCAGCCCACGCCGAGCCGAUCGGCAUUGUUGCCGCCCAAAUAUUCUCUAUGGAAGCAUUCAUGUUCAAGGGCAUUCCUAUGGGCGACAUCCUCUUGGCAAAGUAUCAUGUGAUAUGCCCCGCGCUCUGGGGGUUCACAGGCAACGAUAAGACGGAAUCCGGCCGCCGCGCACUUGGAUGGUGGCGCGAGGAUGCCGGUGGCCCAUUCGUGAGCGAACAGGCACACAUGGAUCGAAUGACGGCCCUGGGCGCCGGCUUUUCGGCCCUCACGCUGCGCAAUUUCGGCAAGACGCAACGUCGCAAUCCGUUCCCCAACACCAUGUUUUGGACAUCUUUACAAAGGAUUCUUUCUAUUCCCCCUGCGGAAAUGCAGGACACUCAGAUCUCGCUUCUCCACGCCAUGCUUCGUGGGUCAAGUGAGCGAAUCUUGGAUUUCUUUGGUCACAUUGGGCUGGCCCUCAUGCGCAUGGCUAUUAUUGACUUGCCUGCGGCUUUGCCGCGGCAGACGAUGACUGUGAAUCAGUUGAAGCUUCUCAAGGAGACGUACGCCCGAGACAGAAAUGUUCUUCUGUGA